CAUUAUAGUCCAUUAAGCAACCUGAACUGAAUUGUAAAAGUUGCAAUCACAACCAGUGUUGAGGUGAGCGUGGUGUGGUGAGGUCGUUAAAAUGAAACUGAUAUUUAUUCUGCCGGCUAUGUUUCUUCUCCUGCGAGAAGUGCCCGCCGACAUACAGCCAGCGGCAGAUCCGAUAGGCAGGUUCAUUCAGACGAACUUCGUGGGCUUCCCAGUCGCCCAUGCGCAGCAGACCUGGAUAUUCGAUCCAGAAGUCGCGUUGAGAAGGAAGAAGCAGUUCAUAGAACUUCACGGAGACAAAGGAGAGAAGUUGAUAGAGAGACUCGGCUUGGGCAUAGACGGCUUCGAAGAAGAGAGACUCGCGAGGCAGAGAGAAAGAGAUGAAGGACAUCUUGGUGGACUGAAUGCUUAUUUACCUUGAAAUGAGAAGAAAUCAAUGGUGAAAAUAGUGGUAGAGAGAUGUGACAUCUUGGUGAAUUUUAUUUACCUUGCAAAUGAAACAAGAAAUAGUGACAAGUAAUGGUAUUUUUGUGAGAUUGUGUGAAAAUAUGAAGUGUUUGGUUAUUGUCAGGGAACUCAACAUUUCGUUUGUGCAGAAGUAGCCGUGCCGUGCGACGGUGAAUUAAAAUUAAGCGACCUUACAAGGAUGUUUUUGUGCGGGAAAUCAUUGUCAAUUCUCAAAAGUCAAUGUCAGGGAGGCGUGGAUG